AUGUUUAACGCACGUCUUGUUUCGUAUAUUAUUCUUCUAUCAUUUGUGUUAUCAUCGUUUGCGGCAAUAGAACCAUUAUGUAAAUGGCAUGGAACAUCUCCAUUUUGUUUUUUUCGUAACUCAUGUGCAAAAGAUUGUUGGCAAGUAACAUCUAAUAAUCGUGGUGAUGGUGCAAGAUGUUGAUUAACUAUGACUUCAUUAAAAAAAACAACAACGCUUAUUAUUCUUCUACUCUUAACAAUUGUUCCAAAGUCCACCGAUGCAUUAUGCAAAUGGUAUGGUAUUGCUCCAUUUUGUUUUAUUGGUAAUUCAUGUCCUGAUGGAUGUGCUAAAACAUUAGAAAGCAACAAAGGUGAUGGUCUUACAUGUUGGGUUUCACACAAAAAAUAUUGUUGUUGUUUACCAGGAUUUGUAUGA